AUGGAAAAUCUUCCAAAUAUAGUAGUACUAUCAUAUGAUAAAGACAAAGUUGAAGUUUUCAUAAAAUAUAUAUUAACAAAAUUUGAAGUUAUAAAUCAUUAUACUGAUGAAAAAUGGCACAAAGUUUUAUAUGAGAAUAAAGAGACAGAUAAUAAUUUAAAAGAUUUUAUUUUUAAAAAAGAAGCAAAAAUACAAAUUGUUAAUAAAUAUUAUCAAGCACAAAUAAUUAUACUAUCAUGUAUUCCAUAUACCAUAGAAAAUGGAGAGACAAAAAAAGAUGAAAUAAUUAGUAAUAGCCUUUUAAGUGAUACUAAUAAAUACACAAAUUUAAACUUAAAUUGUGAAAGUAUUAUUUUUUUAUUUGACGAAUUUAAUGAAGAUACUAAACAGUUAAUAGAUAAUAACCCGUUUAUAAAUUUUGAGGCAAAAAAUGAUAAAAUGAUAAAAAAUGAUGAUUUUGAUUUUUCUAAUUUAUAUAAAGAUAUAGGAGUUAAAAUUGCCAUAUUUCCACUGUUGUUACAAAAAAAAGAAAAAGAAAUACUUAAAUUUUGUACAGAAUAUUUUAUCGAAUGUUUGUAUAUAGAAUAUGAGUCUAACAAUAGUGAUAAGCCAAACCUCAAUGGAAAUAAUCCAAUUAUAAAUCAAACUCAAAAAAAAAAUACAUAUUUUGAUGAAUUUUGUGACGAUGAUGAAAGAUUGAUUGAAGCUUUACAUUGCCACAUGUGGAAAGGCUUGAAAUUAAAAAAAGAAAAUAUAAUUAAUCAAAAAGAUAUAAAAAUAGAAAAUAAUACAAAAAAAAAUAAUGAAAAUAAAGAUAUUUCAUCAAGCCCACCAAAAUCAGUCGUAUUAGAAGACUCAAAAAAGACUGAAGAAAAAUUGGAGAAAAAAGAGAAUCAAAAAAAAAGUGAUGAAUCUGAAAAAAAAAAUAAUAAUAGCGAUACUCAUAACAAAAAAGAUGAUAAAUUUAUGGAAAAUUUUAAUAAAAUUGUCGAAAAAAUUAAGUUAGUUAAAAUUGAAAAUCAAAAAUGUAAUAAUGAUUCAGAAAGGAGGAAAAAAGCCGAAAAGGCAAUUUUAGAAUUGCAACAAUAUUUUGAUGGUAUGGAUGAAGAAUAA